AUGGACGGCGACCUGAGUUUAUCACAAUCCCUAGGCGGAUUGAGGAUAGCUAAUCCCGACGAUUCCUCCUUGAACUCAGAAGAUGCGACGGCGCCGUCCCCAGCAACUGCAUCGAUCCCGUCAUCAUCACAGACCAUAUUACCUCCUACCGAUCACGAAUCCAUCAACAAACACAUCGCAGCCUCGGUUCACUCAUUGCCGUUACAAGAUGAGGUCAAGUCCGAAUAUGUACCCGAGUCGACGCCAGAGCUAUCAAGUUCCUACAGAUCUCAAAUUCUUUCCCCCACUGAUACUACAUCCUCCCAUCGAAAUACCGCCUAUCGCUCGUCAGUUGCCUACCUGCCCGAGAAUCCAAGCUCGAGUCAACACCACCAGAACAUACCUCGCUCUGCGUCCACCCAUGUGCAUAAUAAUCAUUACGCGAACGGAUCCGCGUCGACCACCGCCCGAGAUCUGAACAAUUACCGUAUACGUACCGAUUCUUCUGCGUCGGGACAGGACAGGAUGUCUCGCACAGACUCGAGAGGUGGCUCCGUGGCCCUUCAAGCCGGUGUGCCAUCGCGAGACAAUAGCCACAGCGACCGAUCAUAUAAGCAAGCUCAAUACCUGACCGGCAAUGGCCCCAUACCUCACCGAAAGGGCUCACGGAUGGGACACAACAAUGGACCAGGAUCGCCAUAUGCGCUAGAAAAUGGCCCGCCCGCAAGUAGCGAAGAUUGGCAAGAUCGGGGAGCUGCGGUUGGUAUUAGACAAGAAGUGGAUGCUAACGGACGGACUGUCUCUCGCUACAUUAAAAAGGGUGUCCGGGAUUUCUCCUUUGGACAGACUUUGGGCGAGGGAUCAUACAGCACUGUUUGUUUGGGAACUGACCGCCAGACGCUCAACGAGUACGCAAUCAAAAUUUUGGAUAAGCGACACAUCAUUAAGGAAAAGAAGGUCAAAUAUGUGAACGUUGAAAAAGAUGCAUUGAACCGUCUCACCGAUCACCCAGGAAUCGUCAGACUAUAUUAUACUUUCCAGGAUGAACGUUCCCUCUACUUCGUUCUUGAUUACUGCAAAGGCGGAGAACUCCUCGGAGUACUCAAGCGUAUGACGACAUUUGAUGAAGAAUGCACACAGUUUUACGGUGCUCAAAUUCUCGAUACUAUCGACUACAUGCAUAAGCGAGGGAUUAUACACCGCGAUCUCAAACCUGAAAAUAUUCUAUUGGAUAGCCAAAUGCACACCAAGAUCACCGACUUUGGCACGGCGAAAAUCCUCGAUACAUCAAAACAGCCCGAAGGUGGCCUCGGUGACAUCCCAUCACUGGAUUCAACGGAUCCUCCAGAACAUGAACGGGCUAGUUCAUUUGUUGGAACUGCAGAAUAUGUUAGCCCGGAAUUGCUCACAGAUAAAAAUGCUUGCAAGGCUAGUGAUCUGUGGGCAUUUGGCUGUAUUAUUUUCCAGCUUCUCGCCGGACGACCACCCUUCAAAGCCGCCAACGAGUACCUGACUUUUCAGAAAAUUGUCGCCCUUGAGUACGAGUUUCCCACAGGCUUUCCCCCUGUUGCCCGUGACCUGGUUGAGAGACUACUUGUACUAGAUCCGGCACGCCGACUUCCUAUCGAGCACAUCAAGAAUCAUCAGUUUUUUGACGGAAUCACAUGGGGCCGAGGGCUCUGGAAGCAGAAAGCACCACGUCUGAAAGCUUACGUUCCUCCCCCAAGGGAGCCAAUCAAACUAUCCGGUGGAGGCGAUGAAGACAGCUUCCCUCCAAAUAUUUCAUCCGCUCCUUCUGGUAUGGCCACGGCCAAGUCGACGAGGGCUUACCCGCGUGUAAUUACUGAGCUGCCUCCUCCCAGUCAACUGGACAUCGAAUGGUCACCAGUGCUGAAGAAAGAUAAUGAACGAAUUCUAAAGUUGGGCAUUUUGAAUGUGAUGUCUUCUAACGCUUCCCAUAGUCCUGGAAGUAAUGGAAAUGGAGAUUCGGAACCGCCCAGGAAAUUUUCUCGUUUCUUUGGUGGAAGUACGACAAAAAAGAAGCAGAGACUUGUGAUGAUUACAUCCCAAGCACGCAUCAUCCUUACGGCCGCCGGCGGGGAUGAGAAAAGGGCGAAACUGGAGAUAUCACUCUUGGCUCCUAAAACCACAUAUAGGAGUACAGUAGACGCCAAGGGCUCUGCAUCUUGGAUCGUUGACACGCGAGAUAAGCAUUUUGUGUUUGAAGAACCAAAACCUGGCUCUUCUAGUGUCCCAUCGUCAGCAAAUUCUAUUCAGGAAUGGAUAGAUACACUAGACCGAGCCAAAGAAUUGGCCAUGUCACAACAAAGCAACGCAUACUCGGGUGAUGAAUAUCGCGAUCUCUCGUCCGAAUUUUCGAGUCAUGCAAAUACAUUAGACCACAGCUCAGACUUGCAAACCGAAGUCCAACCAUCUAUGCGAGCAACUCUGCAGAAGAAUACAGGAGAUAACGAAUCACUCAAAGGAAAGAAGCGAUUCAGUAAACGACAUUCAAAGAACGGCCUGGCUGCAGUCUUUUAA